UCCUCUUUUUCAUAAAUAUGUGUGGCAGGUCACGUAGUAGGUAAUGAAAAAGACGAAAACAAAUAACUUAGGUGUGUCGUUGAUUGUUUUCAUCGCUCACGUGUACUCUAGCGUGUUCAUUCGCUUCGUAUCAGUGCCCAGCUAACUAGAGGAAGAAGCAAGUGAGAUUGGCAAGUGUGUGCUUCGACACCUGUCAAAUUUUCCGUAAACAAUUGAAAUACAUUUAUUAUUGUAAUAAGAGAGUCACUUGAUAUUUGUACUUCCUGAUAUGGUGCAGAACUUUUCUCAAAUAAAUGUGAUUGUGUAUUAAAAAAUUAUUUUGUUUUUAAAUUAAAAAUGGAUAUGACACAAAACUACUGGGAAGAAAAUGCGAACAUUCAACGUGUAAAAUACGAAAGUUGCAAUUCUCAUGAAGAAGUUGCCAGGAUGAAGGAUGAGAGAGCGGUUUAUCCUUGCUGCGACACAAAUUUAAAUUUUUCCACUGCGACAUGUAGUGAAGACGAUUGUGAAUAUGGACCUUAUAAGAAGAAUAAAGUCGCAAGGCAAGACCCAAUGUCCCAUCGAAUAAUAGAAAAGAGGAGGAGAGAUAGAAUGAAUAACUGCCUCGCAGAUUUGUCCCGCCUAAUACCCACUGAAUAUUUGAAAAAAGGAAGAGGAAGGAUCGAGAAAACAGAAAUUAUUGAAAUGGCAAUUAAACAUAUGAAAUAUUUACAGCAGGAACAUGGGAAUCCUACUGAACAUUAUCGGUUGGGGUACCAAGAAUGCAUGUCGGAGGCUAUGAGGUUCAUGGUAGAAGUGGAAGGCCAUUUUCCACGUGAGGCUAUAUGUGUACGAUUAUUAAACCACUUACAGAAGCACUGCGAAUCAAUAUCAAGGACUCCGCACGUCAAUCAAAAUAGGACCCCAGUAGCGACUACCGAACACAUUGUACCAUUGCAAAAUCCCCAUGAAACGGUUAGGAAUAAUAUCCAGUUAAAAGUAACUGAAUAUCCAGUGGCGAAAAGUGAACCCGAACAAAACAAUAAUAAUUCGUACAGUGUUAGAACUAACAAUCAUACUCAGUCCUCUGAAUCUGAUUAUGAAAAACAUCCAGAGGCUAAUGGGGUUUCCUAUAAAUAUAAAACUAAUAUUAAGCUUAGGUUCACUCAAGAUAUGAACAGUGGCGGUCAAGAGAAUCCGAAGAGGCAGAAGAUCGACAAUGGAAGAAGAAAUUCUGUUACAAGUACAGAAAAUCAGAGUUCCAGUCACAGUUCUCCUCCAAGUAGCGAACUGUGUACCAGAAUCUCGGACAGCGACAACACCCACCGAAGGUCUCCAUCAGAUAGCACAGUGUCGACCAAUAACCACACCAAGCUAGAACCGCCUAGAAAUGACAUUAUGCAAAGGUACUCGCCAAAUAUAAGGAAUUUCCUGCAAAACGAUCUAAAACACAAUUUUAAUGUUCCUAUAUUCGUCCUACAUGCAAAAGGUUCAUAUUACGUGCCAUUAACUAUUGAUUACAAAACAUUACUACCGUUUCUACAAAAUUAUGACAUACUGGAGGUCGUGCCUGCAAUGCAAAAUGUGGUAUUGCAUCCCGUAACUAUUAACGUUAAUUUCUUACCAAAUUAUGACAACGAUGUUACUAACAACAAAUACAAAUCGGAAUACACAAACAAUUGGCAUUAGGUAUGAAGGAAUGUAAUAUUAAAAGGCUGUGAUGGUCAGGGGACUUUAAAGACUGAUAUAAAUUUUAUAUAGUCUAUUAAACCAGAUAGAGUUUUUACUUUUAAAAUGUAACAUGUAAUGUUUUAAAAUAGAAGGAAAUUGCAGAUUUUAAGCCAUGUUAUUUCUUGGAGCCCUUGGAUUUUUACAAGUAUGCAUUGUCCAAAUUAGCAAUUAAUUUACUAUACAGGAGUAUUGAAAGGUAUUUAUUAGUAUCUCCUAAUUUAAAGCGGCAUUAAUAUUUAUAUCACAUUUCAAUUUCCCAGUAAAGAGAACAAAUCAAACAAAAAACAAACGUGUGGGGUUGUCACAAUUACAUCAAUAAAGAUUUAUUUAAUUUAUAUUAAUAUUCCACAGUAUCAAUAACCUUGCAAAGUAACGUGUCAAUUGGCAUGAUUUGGCAACAUUGCUUUGCCCUUAUUCGUUGAUUGAAUACUGCGGCUGUAGGAAAUUGAUUUUUCUACUGUUUACCUUGGUACAAUGUUGGUAAAUAUUGCAUUGCACACAUAAAAUACCAUUAAUUUAGAGCAAAAUAGAAAUUUGUGAAAAAAAGUCCAUUUGUAACUUAUCGUAUCCUAUGUAGUUCCACUUUUCAUUAAACCUUUACAAAUCUCAUUUGGAAGCAGUUCCAUAGUUAUUCGUUGCAUUUUUUUUGCAAAAGUACAAUAUAGUUUUUAAACUUUGAAAAUUAUCUAGUCAGUAUUAUUACAAUAAUAAAAGACUCCAAGUUUUACUUAAACACAAAAUAAGUGAGACGCAAGGUACAUGUUUAUUUUUUCAGUAUUCAUGGCCAGUGUAGUGUACAAUUUAAUUCGAACUAACCAAAUUUAAAGUUAGUGAUGAUAUGCAGAUAUAUCGAUGAUUUUAAAAUGCAAAUUGUUAGACAGCCAUUUGUUAGACAGCCAUAUUGUGGAGAUGAGCAAUAUUGUCUAAGGUUUGUUUAUUUUCAAGAUGCGGUAAGUGUUAACUAAAAAUGUGUCCAAACAUACCAAGUACAAUUAUAGAUCUGCCCAUAUUUAAUUUAUAUCUCAUUCAUUAAAGUAAUCAAGUGAUAUUGUCUCUUUUGGCCUGCAAAGUUUAUUGUGCGUGAUAGAAAGCGGACUAAGACAAAAGGUGAAUUUGGUUGCCAAAUGUCCGGUGUGCAGGAGUUAAGCGGAUGUAAAUGUCUUCUUGCCAAAUGUGUGCGUGGGGACACUAAGUGCCGAGUUACGAUUCCAAUUUUUUUACCAUCUUCUUGACGUUCGGUGCAAUUUUAACAACAUGUAACUUGUUGACACCCCACAGCAAAUGCGGAUUAUAUUUUGAUUUUCUGAUUAAUUGAAUCACUCUGUCUUUAAACAGAUAAACUGUAAAUCCAUCAUGUUCCUUUCUGGUUCUGAGUUCAUUAAUCUUCUAAUUUUUUAAAAAAUCGAUGGAAUAUUGAAAUACUUAGUCAAUGCUACUAAUUUCUUAGAUAUUUUGUUAAUAUUCAUGCAAACUCUGUUAAAAGAGCUCCAACGAAAACUAUUAACAAUCUUGAAGUGCAAUAUGGAAGGCUUGUUUUGAAUAUACUUGUUCUAUAUACUAUUAAGGCUAUUACAGUGAAUACCGGAUACGAGUAUGCUUUUAUUAUAUGAUGAAACGACACAACUGAGGAUUUUGUAAAUAAUUACAUUCUGCAAAAAUAUUUAAUGUUUUUAAUAAUGUUAAAGUAUAU